GAAUCAUUUCUGGCAUUUGUGUCGGAGAGUUACAGCAGACUCGGCACAUAGCCGAACGAUUUUGUGAAAGUUUCUUUUAUCAAGCUGCAAUUCAUUUCAAAUCGAUUAGUGUUUUUUUUCGAUAGCAAAGUGCAUCGAACAUGUCGACAAAUAAUUAUUUUGGAUUUACACACGGUGGCACACAGUAUGGGGCUGCUGCUACGGGACCAACCUAUCCGGCUGCUCAACAAUCCGGAUAUGCAGUGGCACCAACACCUACUGCCACAUACAGUGCCCAGCGAACUGGCUACGACCAGGCUGCAUAUCAAGCCGCCGCCCAAGGAACAUACGCUGGAGCUGGUACACCAAGUGUGACAUAUGACUAUGGCUAUGGUCGUACAUACGAUACAACCAAAACAUAUUAUCAACAAACCCCAUCGACGGCCACUUAUCAGGCGGCCGCACAACCAUAUGCCGAUGCAGCCACUCAGCCACCAACAAAAGUAAAAGUAACCGGAUAUCAAACAGCACAAUACGUUGCCGGUCCAACUAGAAACAAUGUUCCACAACAGCAACCAAAAGCCGUCGUUGCCCCAGCUUCGUACAAUACAAACCAAACAUACGCACCUCAGACCGCUUACCAACAAAAUCCACAAGCUAACGCCCAACCAAAACAACCUCCAGCAACAACAACGUCUAGCAACUAUUCGAGCUACGAUGCAGCGUUGUAUUCAGCAGCCACUAUGUAUGCCGUACAACAAUCAAAACCAAACAAUGGACCGAAUCCAGGUUGGCAAGGAUUCAAAAAGGGUAACAUGAAAGCACAACGUCCAAAGCCUCAGCCAAAACCCCAACAAUUGCAUUACUGUGAGGUGUGCAAAAUUAGCUGUGCUGGUCCACAGACUUAUCGUGAGCAUUUGGAAGGUCAAAAGCAUAAGAGACGUGAAGCCAGUUUGAAAAUGGCCGCAACUGCCGUUCAGACUAGCCAAAAUCGAGGCAACAACUUGCAUUGUGAACUUUGCGGUGUUACAUGCACUGGCAACGAUGCGUAUGCGGCCCAUGUUCGUGGUUCAAAGCAUCAAAAAGUGGUGAAAUUACACCAAAAAUUGGGCAAACCAAUUCCAACCGUCGAUCCAAACUUCAAGAAACCAGUCAAAGUCAAUUUCGUGCCAGCUGGAGGCGAAGGUGCUGCACAGCCGGCCGAUGCAAAUGUUGCGGCCACUGCAACACCUGCAAAUAUUCCGACUCAAGCAGCAAACAUUGCGGCAGAUGCUCCGGUGACCAACGUUGCCAAAGUUGAUUUAAUGGAAGAAGACAUUUCCUCUGCUCUCCCCGAAGACGAUAUCAAGCCAGUUGGUAAUGAAUACAUCGAAGAAAUCAAAGGUGAUGACGGUAAAAUGAUAAAAUUCAAUUGCAAAUUGUGCGAAUGCGGAUUCAACGAUCCAAAUGCUAAGGAAAUGCACAUGAAGGGUCGUCGUCAUCGUUUGCAAUACAAGCGCAAAGUGCAACCAGACUUGAUUGUCGAUUUGAAACCGACACCGCGUCAAAAGCGCAUUGCUGAGGCAAAGGCACAACGGGCCGCAAUGCAGGCUGAUUUCUGGAAUCGACAACGUAAUUUGGGCGACGACAACAAUGACGAUGGAAUGUAUUGGGAGGAACGUAGGCGAGGAUUUGACAAUGAAUUUGACAAUAUGCCAUACAAUAUUCCAUGGAAUCGUGGUUUUCCACCAGGCGCUAGACCAGCACCUCCAUUCAUCCGGGCACCGAUGCCAUUUGGAUUUGGCAUGAUGGGACCACCGGGCCGAGCACGACCAGAAAGCUUUGAUGAUCGUCAUGUGGUCGCCAAACACGCCGAAAUCUAUCCAAAAGAAGAAGAAUUACAAUUGAUUCAACGAAUUGUGUCACACACCGAACGCGCACUCAAAUUCGUUUCGGAUGCUUUAACCGAUAAGUCAGCCCAACAGCAACAAACUGUGACUAAUGGUGUGAAUAAAACUGAAACAGCUCCAGCCACCGUAGAGAAUAAAUCGGAAAAUACUGAGGAUAGUGCAACAAAAUCGAAUGAAAAUGAUGCAGCUAAUAAUGCAACCGCUGAAAAAGAAGCCAAGCCGAAAGAGGAUGGCCGCGAUAAUCAAUUGUUCUCAUUUCAAAAGGAAACUGAAGGCAGUUCAGUUCGUUUGCUUAAAGGUGUUAUGCGAGUUGGACUACUCGCUAAAGGUUUAUUACUCCAAGGUGAUAAGAUUGUUCAAUUGGUAGUAUUAUGCGCUGAAAAGCCAACCGUAUCGCUAUUGAAGCGUGUUGCCGCUGAGUUGCCGGUGCAAUUGAAGCUAAUUUCCGAAGAGCAUCAAUUUACGGUGACAAUGGAACCGGAAGAAAGUGCCGUUUUGGUUUCCGACGAUACAAUAACGGUCAAAGUUUUCCUAACAUCACCGUUACUUCGUGAUCCUCAGCAAGAUUCAAAUAUUGCUGCAACAGCAACGGAACAAACGGUUCCGAAUCCCGAUGAUCUACUGCCACGCGAUCCAUGUCUUCAAGCUCUUGCUGCAUUGAGGCACGCGAAAUGGUUCCAGGCUAGAGCAACUGGUUUACAAUCAUGUGUCAUGAUCAUUCGUGUAUUGCGAGACUUGUGUCAACGCAUUCCCACAUGGACACCACUGAGCCAAUGGGCCUUGGAAUUACUGACGGAAAAGAUAAUCGCAUCGGCUGGCAUGCCAUUGAGUCCAGGCGAUUGUAUGCGUCGAGUGAUGGAAGCACUGUCGACGGGAUUACUCAUCAAUGGGCCUGGUUUACUUGAUCCCUGUGAAAAGGAGCCACACGAUGCUUUGGUCGGCUUAUCAAAACAACAACGAGAAGAUUUGACUGUAUCGGCACAGAACUUCUUGCGAAUGAUUGCAUUCCGUCAAGUUUACAAGGUAUUGGGAAUAGAGCUGUUGCCUCCGCAGAAAUUCGCUGUUCGUCAAUGGCGUUUUGGCCGCAAGCGCAGACGUUCUGGAACGGAAGGAGCUGAUUCUGAAGGCGAUUCAAAAAUCGUAAAAAAAGACGCUGAGAACACCAGUAUGGAAACGGCACCAACUGAGCCAUCGGCCACUGCAACACCUGCUCCGGCCGAAGCUGGUGCAAAUGAAAACUGAUGUGUUUCCAAAACAAACCAACAAAAAAAAAUGUACGCGUGUUUAUUAUUAUUUACAUUUUACACCACGAUCCACUGAUCAUUUUGAUCAUUCUCAAUGAAAACUGAAUGAAACACAAAAAAAAACUUAUAUUACAUACUACGAUUUCAUUUUACCAAUUUUACUAGUUUAACCUUGAAUGGAAUAAUAUUGAACGGUUUGAAUUGUCUUUAGAAUAUUUCAAACAAGAUAGAUAGAUUACUACGUCAUGAAGACAGGAAUUGAUAUGUUACGAAUUGCGUUCGUAAUAGGGCCAACACGAAACAUCAGGUACACACAACAGAUAUCCACGACGGCAUAAUGAAAUGUAUGUUGUGUUCGUCAUUCAUUAACAAAUUUCCCAGAAAUAAUUUCUUUUUUUUUCGUUUUUCCUUUUCGUUUAUUUGUAAGAAAAUAACCUAACGUAUUGAUUUAGAAUUAAAUAAAAGUCAACAAAAUGAAAAACAUAAAGUUACACAAAACAAUUAGCAAUGUCAUAUUGCAGGUACAGAGAGUUUAGGGGUAUUCAAUAAACUCCUAUAAAACGUUUCAGUAUGGAACAAUGACAAUGUUUUUUUUUAUUUCAUCGAGCAUGAGUAAAAUGAGAGUAAUGAAAUAGUUUCAGAAAUUCAAUGGCAAUUAUGAAAGAGGCAUACACUUUUUAGGCAACCAACUAUUGCAUCCGUAGACGAUUCCAUCGCAUGUGAUGAAUCCAAAUAAAUGUGAAAGAAAUUAAAUCUUCAAAAUAAAUUAAAAUAAAACUCAACACAUUUUUUCAGUAGAAUAAAAA